UGGGAGCAAUUUCAGCCAAACAUUUCAGUUAUCACUCCCUAAAGGGUAAUAAUUAUAAUUUUUCCAGGCUGUAAAUAACUAGUCAAGCUUCUCAUUAGUUGGUUUCAUCUUCAGGAAUGUAGAGACAAUCCUAUUUCAGAGGAGAGCUGGACACUUCUGGAAUGAUAACAAAGUCGAAAUAACAGCAGAUGAAAACAUUAUUGCAUGAUUUGAAGAACUGAUUUAUCAUGCUUUAGCAGGUCACCUGUAAAUUAGCUCAUCUACAGUGAUAUUUAAAAUCAGAUUGUUCUCUCUACAAACAUGUUCAGUCCUGCAGAUAACAUCUUUAUAAUCCUAAUAACUGGAGAACUCAUACUGGGAAUAUUGGGGAAUGGAUACAUUGCACUAGUCAACUGGAUUGACUGGAUUAAGAAGAAAAAGAUCUCCACAAUUGACUACAUCCUCACAAAUUUAGUUAUUGCCAGAAUUUGUUUGAUCAGUGUAAUGGUUGUAAAUGGCAUCGUAAUAGUACUUAACCCAGAUGUUUAUACAAUAAGUAAACUACAGAUAGCCAUUUCUACCUUCUGGACAUUUGCCAACUACUUAAAUAUGUGGAUUACCACCUGCCUUGAUGUCUUCUAUUUUCUCAAGAUAGCCAAUUCCUCUCACCCACUUUUUCUCUGGCUGAAGUGGAAAAUUGAUAUGGUGGUUCGCUGGAUCCUGCUGGGAUGUUUUGCCAUUUCCUUGUUGGUCAGCCUUAUAGCAGCAAUAGUACUGAGUCGUGAUUAUAGGUUUCAUGCAAUUGCCAAACAUAAAAGAAACAUUACUGACAUGUUCCAUGUGAGUAAAAUGCCAUACUUUGAACCCUUGACUCUCUUUAACCUGUUUGCAAUUGUCCCAUUUAUUGUGUCACUGAUAUCAUUUUUCCUUUUAGUGAGAUCUUUAUGGAGACAUACCAAACAAAUAAAACUCUAUGCUACCAGCAGUAGAGACCCCAGCACUGAAGCUCAUGUGAGAGCCAUUAAAACUAUGACUUCAUUUAUCUUCUUUUUUUUCCUAUACUAUAUUACUUCUCUUUUGGUGACCUUUAGCUAUCUUAUUACAAAAUACAAGUUAGCUGUGGAGUUUGGAGAGAUUGUAGCAAUUCUCUAUCUUUCGGGUCACUCACUUAUUUUAAUUAUUUUAAAUAACAAAUUGAGGCAGGCAUCUGUCAGAAUGCUGAUGUGUAUAAAAAUUGCCUGCGUGAUAUGA